UGUCAUUGUCAGUGGCACUUAUUGAAAAUUGUUAUCAUUUUAUUAUUUGUAUCAACUGGCUUGCAGUAGUAGUAAGUUCAGUUAUCCAUUAUCAAAGAAACACUGUGUACAUAUUUUCGAUAAUUUAUAUCUCCGAAUGUAGUACGGACUUUAAGAGAAAUGAGAUUUUUUGUAAGUUAAUUGUAUUGUGAAUUAUACAAAAUACAUUUUAUUAACCGCUGAUCUACUAAGAUUUCAUCUGAAUAAAUAGAAAAAGUUACGGUUUUACAAGAAGCACUUUCACAGAAUAAGCCAAUUAUCGUUGUAGCUAGAUACGGUAUGACAAAAUGAAUUUGCUUAUCAAAAACCCGUGCAAUACCGAAGAGAAAGAGAACUGCCUAUAACAACAUCUGGAACUUCACAAAGUGUUCGCUGCGCUUCGAUAAUAAAUAGAAACAAGACCAAUUCUAGGAUGGCGCGAACCACCGAAAGCGAUCCUGAAACAAAGACUGCUAAUGCAUACAGGCUUAUCGCAAACGAAGAAAAGCCCCCUGACAUAAAAUAUGAGAAGGAAACAUCAUGGGUUGCUGGAGUUCAAAUGUUUGUAUCAUUCCUAUUGGCUGGCUUUGGCAUGGUGGCAGCUAGCCUCCUACUAGAUGUUGUGCAGCACUGGGAAGUGUUCACCAAAGUGUCUGAAGUAUAUAUUUUAGUGCCAGCCCUCCUGGGGUUAAAAGGUAAUCUGGAAAUGACAUUAGCAUCUCGACUGUCAACUCAUGCCCAUUUGGGUCACCUGGACACUAGCUUGGGCUCCCUGGUUGUGGGUAACUUGUGUUUAAUACAGUGUCAGGCAGUGCUGGUGGGGUUCCUGGCAGCCAUGGCUGCUGUAGCAAUGGGCUGGAUUCCAGAAGGACAGUUUGACAUCCAUCAUGCAUCAUUACUGUGUGCGUCUAGUGUGUUAACAGCAUCAUCUGCCAGUUUUGUACUUGGUUUGAUCAUGAUAGGGGUGAUAGUGGUAUCAAAAAAGAUGAACAUAAAUCCUGACAACAUUGCCACACCAAUAGCAGCCAGCCUUGGAGAUUUGACAACCUUGGCACUGUUAUCUUGGAUAGCAUCACUACUGUAUAAAUCUAUUGGCACAAGUAUUAUACUACCAUCUAUUAUUAUCACUAUUGGCGCGCUGCUUGUGCCCGUGUGUGGUUAUAUUGCUUGGAGCAAUAAAUUUACAAGGCAAGCACUGGAUGAAGGCUGGGUGCCUGUUGUGUCUGCCAUGGUAAUAAGCAGUGCUGGAGGAUUAAUACUGGACCACACUGUGUCAGUGUACACAGGUAUUGCUGUCUACCAGCUAGUUAUCAAUGGCAUAGGUGGGAACAUGGUGGCAGUACAUGCUUCUAGAUUGUCUACUCAACUACAUACAGGUCAAAAAGAAGGCUCUGUUUUAGGAAGCACCACUAAACUUCUUCUGGUUAUGGUGAUACCGGGGCAGCUGAUAUUUAUCUACACAAUAGGAUAUUUGAGAGCAGGUCACACAUCAACAACCCCCACUUUCAUAUUAAUUUAUAUGUCUGCUGCAUUGUUACAAGUGUUUUUAUUGCUAACCAUUAGUCAUUACAUGGUUGCAUGGAUGUGGAAGAUGGGAAUGGACCCUGACAACUCAGCAAUACCUUAUCUUACAGCAUUAGGUGACUUGCUGGGUACUGCACUCCUGGGUGUGGCAUUCAGCAUACUGUAUGCAAUAGGUGAUAAGGACAGUGAUUUAGGAGACUAAAAUAAAUCUCAUUCUUGUAUAUUGUUCUGCUUGUACUGCUCAAAAUUAUACCUAAAUGAAAAUCAGAUUUUCUAAAGCAAUGUUUAUAAAUAAGUGAUACUGUUCUAAACAUGUAUUAAUUUUAGCAGUAUUACUGUAUUUUGUGCCAUACUUUUUAUAUUUUCUUUUUCUUGACUAGUGGCACAUCUAAUUCAUUCACAUGAACAUGGAUGCAGUAUCAGUAAACAGUAAUCUAUUUAUUUCUAAUUUUCCUGCCUAUACAAGUUCUGUAAAAUUAUUUUACUUAUUCCUAAUUAUUUUACUUUGUAAUACUUUAAAUGUAUUAUUAAUUAGUAAUGUACUUACAAAUAAAAUACUUACGCAAAGCCAAUGUACAUAAAUGAAGACUUAAAAAAUAUAAUUCUAAUUGGUGCUACUAAGUAAUAUGAAAUGUUUUUGAAAUGAGAAUAUUUUUUAU